AUGGCUCAGGUCGACCACGAAAUCCCAAUUGGAGCCGAGGACAACAACCCGGUCGAUGACGGUGCUGAGGUCCAGAGCAUCGCUUCCUCGAGCACCAGCCUUUCUGAGUCUCUUCGCGACUACCACUUCGAGAAUGGCAGAACUUAUCACCGGUACAAGGAGGGCAAAUACCAUUUUCCGAACGACGAAAAGGAGAAUGACAGACUGGACCUGCAACAUCACCUGGCUCUCCUGACUCUGGGCGGCAAGCUCGGCCUCGCACCACCGUGUGAGCCAGAGUACAAGGUCCAGAGAGCUCUUGACAUCGGCACCGGCACCGGUAUCUGGGCUAUCCAGUUCGCGGAUGACCACCCUGAGACUGAGGUUCUCGGUGUCGACUUGUCUCCUACGCAACCUGACUUCGUGGCCCCAAACGUCAAGUUCGAGGUCGACGACAUCGAAGACGAGUGGACUUACACCCAGCCAUUCGAAUACAUUCACAGCCGUCACAUGACGUCGAGUCUCGCCGAUUGGAAAGCCAACAUCACACCCGGCGGUUACCUCGAGCUCCAAGAAGCCGAAAUGGCAUUCCUGUCCGACGACGACACAUUGCCGGCCGAUUCCGCACUAGUGCGGUUCGGUGAGCUUCUCAGAGGCGCGGGUGCCAAGUUCGGACGUAACUUUGUGGUGGCCAGCGAACUGAAGGACCUCAUGGUCGAUGUGGGCUUUGAGGAUGUCACACUGAGCAAGUACAAGUGGCCUCUCGGGACGUGGCCUAAGGAUCCCCAUUUCAAGGAGAUUGGUAUGUUCAGUCACGAGAACGCAAUGAUGGCUGCGGAUGGGCUGGCUAUGGCGCCCUUGACCCGGGCGUACGAAUGGACGCGCGAUGAGGUUGAGGUUUUCCUGGUCGAUGUGCGGAAGGAUCUCAAGAACAGGGCGUAUCAUGCCUAUGUGCCCAUGUACUUUUUGGUAGGACGCAAGCCAAUGACAGCAGAUAAGGAGCAUAGUCCUGCGCCGGCUGCGACCCCGGCUGCUGCUCAAGCGUCGGAAAAGACUACCACGUAG